ACCAAGAUGGCAGGCCCCAGCAGAGGUAACCAGAGCCAGCUAAGGCUGCUCCCCAGGCUUGUCUCAAAAUUUGCAUGAAGAGAAUGAGGCUUCCAUGGGUCUCCUGAUUUCACCUAGUUUUGGGGCGGAGGUCUGACAGGCAGCAGGCAGAGGCAGCAGCUCUGAGAAAGAGCCAUUUCACCAUCCUGAAAGCAAUGCCCAGGGCCUUUCUUGUGAGGAGUCGGCGUCCACCGCCACCUAACUGGAGCCACCUUCCUGACCAGCUCCGGGGAGAUGCCUAUGUCCCAGACUGCAGCAGCCUGGCAGUGCCACCAGCACACAGAUCUCCUGGUCUGAGAGACACCUGGGCAGGGUCCUCACAGGGGACACUGACCUCUGCUCCCAAGGGCCCCGGGACACUUGGCUGCCCACUCUGCCCCAAGGCCUUCCCGCUGCAACGCAUGCUGACUCGGCACCUCAAAUGCCACAGCCCAGCGAGGCGCCACGUGUGCCACUACUGUGGUAAAGGCUUUCAUGAUGCCUUCGACCUCAAGCGCCACAUGAGGACUCACACCGGAAUACGGCCAUUCCGCUGUGGGGCGUGUGGGAAAGCUUUCACACAGCGCUGCUCCCUUGAAGCUCACCUUGCCAAGGUGCACGGGCAGCCGGCCAGUUAUGCGUACCGGGAGCGCAGGGAGAAGCUGCAUGUAUGUGAAGACUGUGGCUUCACCAGCUCUCGGCCUGAUGCUUAUGCGCAGCACCGCACCCUACACCGCACAACCUGAUAUACUGGCUGCUUCCUACCCACGAGACAAAUAAACACGGGAAACACUA